UACAGUUGAGAUAAAACUGUUUAGUUUGGUCGCGAAAUCUGAAUGGCUGUGGCUGCUCUGGCACUGAACCAGCAACUCCUUUGCUUUUCAUACCCAAAGAUAAGAGCAAAAUCAAGGCCAUGGUUCCCGCAAAAAACAACCCUUUUGAAUUCUCAAAAGAAGCCUCAUAUCUUUAUAGUUUCUUGCUCUUCCUCUCCAACUUCCCAGUCCCCAGAGGCCAAUGUCCAGACUGCUGAGUCUUGUGUCAACCUGGGUCUGUCCCUCUUCUCCAAAGGACGCGUUAAAGAUGCUUUAGUCCAGUUUGAAACGGCACUUAGUUUAGACCCAAACCCUGUGGAAGCCCAAGCUGCUCUCUAUAACAAAGCCUGCUGUCAUGCCUACCAAGGGGAAGCAAAGAAAGCUGCUGAGUGUCUCCGUACUGCUUUGAGAGACUACAACCUUAAGUUCGGUACAAUUCUCAAUGAUCCUGAUCUGGCCUCCCUUAGAGCAUCACCUGAGUUCAAGGAAUUGCAAGAAGAGGCCAGGCUGGGUGGAGAAGAUAUAGGCUACAGUUUCCGAAGAGAUCUCAAACUUAUCAGUGAAGUCCAGGCCCCAUUUCGUGGAGUUAGGAGAUUUUUUUAUGUGGCAUUCUCUGCAGCUGCUGGAAUCUCGCUGUUAUUCACUGUACCCAGGCUAUUUCGUGCUAUUAAAGGAGGUGAUGGUGCUCCUGAUAUUUGGGAAACUGUUGGCAAUGCUGGCAUAAAUAUUGGAGGUAUCAUUGUUCUUGUGGCGUUAUAUUUCUGGGACAACAAGAAGGAGGAAGAGCAACUCGCACAAAUAUCCCGAAAUGAAACACUCUCUAGGUUGCCUUUACGCCUUUCCACCAAUCGGAUUGUGGAACUUGUGCAGCUACGAGACACUGUUAGACCAGUUAUUUUAGCAGGGAAAAAAGAAUCUGUUUCUUCAGCUUUACAGAAGGCUGAGAGAUUUCGAACCGAGCUCCUUAGACGAGGUGUUCUUCUAGUUCCUGUCAUUUGGGGUGAAGGUAGAACACCGCAAGUGGAGAAGAAAGGUUUUGGUGUUUCUAAAAAGGCAGCUACUGCUCUUCCUUCUAUUGGGGAAGACUUUGAGAAACGAGCUCAGUCUAUAACUGCAAAAUCAAAGUUGAAAGCUGAAAUUCGAUUUAAGGCUGAGGUUAUUUCACUGGAAGAAUGGGAGAGGUGGAUCAGGGAUCAACAAGAAUCUGAAGGAGUUACCCCUGGUGAGGAUGUCUACAUAAUUUUGCGCCUAGAUGGUCGAGUCCGAAGAUCGGGAAAGGGAAUGCCUGAUUGGUCACAAAUAGUGCAGGAGCUGCCUCCAAUGGAAGCAUUGCUAAGCAAACUUGAAAGAUAGAAUUUAUGUUACCAACCCUUAUUUUAGUGCGCUACAAACUUGAAAGCUGAUGGGAAUCUUCUUUGUUUAUCUAUUCUUUAAGCAUUGUAUAUUUAUUACUUUGUACAUCACAGCAUGCAAGAUUUUGAACACGAUAAAGAACUUAAUUUCGAUAGCCUUUAUUUCACUA